AGUGACGUCAGCGCGCCGGCUGUCACGCUGUCAGGAUGACGCGGUUCUGUAGGAUGCCCAGGCCGAGCUGUGAACUAAACGUUUCCCGUCACUGAGAGUGCCCGGCUCGGUGGUCGGGAUGGCGGAACCGGGGCGCCCUGCCCCCACUGACGCUUCUCUGCAGACACGUGUGGAGGAACUGGAGAGAUCGAAUGCUGAAUAUCUUCAGAUCAAGGCGCAGCUAGAGCAAGAAUUUAAUCAGAAGAGGGCGAAAUUUAAAGAGCUGUAUUUGGCUAAAGAGGAGGACUUAAAGCGGCAGCAUGGUAUCAUUCAAGCAUCCCAAGAAGAAAUAGCUCAGCUGAAGCUCCAGCUAUCACAAGCAGAAGGCGAGAUGGAGAACAUCAAAGCUAUAGCUACAGUGUCUGAGAGCACGAAGCAAGAAGCCAUUGAUGAAGUGAAAAAACAAUGGCAGGAAGAGGUGGCUUCGCUCCAGGCUAUUAUGAAAGACACUCUGCGAGAGUAUGAACUUCAGUUUCAUCGCAGAUUAGAGCAGGAGCGAGGCCAGUGGGGGCAGUACAGGGAGUCUGUUGAACGGGAAAUUGCAGAGCUUAGGAGACGACUUUCCGAAGGUCAGCAAGAGGAAAACCUGGAAAAUGAUAUGAAAAAGGCCCAAGAAGAUGCUGAAAAACUGCGAUCUGUAGUGAUGCCCAUGGAAAAGGAAAUUGGUGCAUUAAAGGAGAAACUUUCUGAAGCUGAGGAGAAGAUAAAGGAGCUUGAAGCGUUUAAGAUGAAGGAACUGAAUCAUUACCUUGAGGCUGAAAAAUCCUGCCGUACAGACUUAGAAAUGUAUGUGGCUGUUCUGAACACUCAGAAGUCUGUCCUACAAGAGGACGCUGAAAAGUUGCGGAAAGAGUUACACGAAGUAUGUCAUCUCCUGGAGCAGGAGAGGCAGCAGCACAAUCAGCUGAAACACACAUGGCAAAAAGCAAAUGACCAGUUUCUAGAGUCCCAGCGGUUGAUGAUGCAAGACAUGAAACGUAUGGAGGCUGUAUUGACAACGGAGCAACUUCGACAGGUUGAAGAAAGGAAGAAGAAAGACCAGGAAAAAGAUGAACAGAGAAAUCGUAAUCGAAAAGACCGAAUGCAAAGAGUGGAAGAGGACGCAAAAGUGCUUGGAACAAUAACUCGCAAUGAAAUUUUUCCGAACCUCCACAGCCAAGAGGGUCUCUUGAAUAGUUCUCAUGGCUCAAUCCAUUCCUUAGAUGCUGACUUGGCACUACAUGAAGGAGAAGGUUUUGGUAAACAAGAGGACUUAUUUAAAGAUGGACUUCGGAGAGCACAGUCUACAGACAGUCUAGGGACAUCCGGGCCACUGCAGGCAAAAACUCUGGGUUAUAAUAACAAAGCCAAAUCAGCAGGGAAUCUUGAUGAAUCGGAUUUUGGCCCACUAGUUGGAGCUGAUUCUGUCUUGGAGAAUUUUGACACUUCUUCCCUUGGAUCUUUGCACAUGCCAAGCGGAUUCAUGUUAACCAAAGAUCAGGAGAAAGCAAUCAAAGCCAUGACUCCUGAGCAAGAGGAGACUGCUUCACUCCUUUCAAGUGUGACUCAGAUUAUGGAGAAUGCCUAUGUGCCUCCUUCUGGUUAUCGUCUGGUCAGCGAGACAGAGUGGAACCUACUCCAGAAAGAGGUGCAGACGGCAGGUAACCAGCUGGGAAGACGCUGUGAUAUGUGUUCUAAUUAUGAAAAGCAGCUGCAAGGGAUCCAGACGCAAGAGGCAGAGACUAGGGAUCAAGAGUUGCAUGAAUUAGUUUUAAAAUACCGUGAAGAUAUUAUUAGUGUCCGUACAGCAUCAGACCACCUUGAAGAAAAGCUGAAAGCAGAGAUUCUCUUCUUAAAAGAGCAAAUUCAGGCCGAACAGUGUCAGAAGGAAAACAUAGAAGAAACACUUCAAAUUGAAAUAGAGAAUUGUAAAGAGGAAAUAGACAUCUUAGAAGCAUCGAUAUCAAGUUUAAAAAUUGAGUUGGACAGGAUAAAAGUGGAAAAAGAGGAGCUGGAAUCCCGCUUGCAGCAUAAAACAAAAGAACUUCAGGAUGUUCAAGAACUGAAAAUCUCUUUAGAAGAGCAGCUUAGUAAAGAGACAUCAAGCAAGACCAGCCUAGAGGAGUUGCUCUUUGAAGAAAAGAACAAAGCACAGCGCCUACAAACAGAGCUGGAUGUUAGCGAGCAAGUGCAAAGAGACUUUGUAAAGUUGUCGCAAACUCUGCAGGUGCAGCUGGAACGUAUCCGACAGACUGAGUCAUUAGAGGCAAUCCGUGCCAUCCUGAAUGAUACAAGACUAACUGACAUUAAUCAGCUUCCUGAGACAUGACACUCCUGUGUCACACACAUCUAUGGUUGCAACUGAGUUUUUUUUUCCAAAGAAAAACUCUUCUUUAUAGUAACAAUUAAUUAUUAUUUAACUCUUCUCCCAGAUCAGGGGCCGUGGCUGUAUGUGAAUAAGAGCACUGAAUAAGGGAAUAAAUCAUAGUGCAGGUAGACGUCUUGAAAGCUAGGAGCAAAAUCUUUCCAUGAGGAACACUAAUGAAACUUGUUGCUUUCUCUGACUAAACAGUGCUGUCUCUCCAAUAAUAAAAGUAUGCGUAUUUUUGUCUUUCAUUUUACUUUUGGGUUACACAGGCAAAGUAAAAUCUUUAGGGCAGAUUAUGGAGGACUUUGUGAUGGCCUCUACAUACACCAUUCUGCUUGACCCGUCCGGUAUGGUGGCAGCCCACGAAGCCCCUCUGUGGGUUAAUUUGGCAGGCUUAUUCUGCACAUUAUAAUCUAAACACUCUUUAGACAGGAAUGCCCAUCUGUAAUUGAAUUCCAACCUCAUGGCAAUUUUGGGAUCUAUCAUAUGAAUAUAAAUCUGGUUAUUACAAAGGUAUCCAAGAUGGCGAAAAAAAGGGUCUGGUGCAGACAGUAAUGUUGUGUACAUAUCAUGGUAUAUUAGUACUCAUUCCUCGUUGGCUGCAGGUCAGGAUUUGGAUUUGCAGUGACUGAGCAUUCACGUAUGAAGAACAUUAGCAAUACCAAUUCCAAUAUGCAGUGUUUUUUUUUUUUUUUUUUUUUUAAAAGGACUUGGAGCAAAUCGAGUAGUGGUGUGGUCUGAUGAUAAUUCUGUUGUGCAGUAAAUAGACUUGAAAACCGAUUUUUCUUUCUGUGUAUUGCAGCAUGCACUGCCAGUUAAAUGUGUACAGCAGUAACAGUGAUUCUGUCUUGCAUGCCAUGUUAGUUUUGUACAACAUAUAUAGUAAAUGCUCAUGUCAUACUUCUGCAUUUGUCUGUGCAAAGGGUUCGUUUGGGUUCACUUAUCAUAGAUGGAUAUGAUACUGCUCCAUGCCGAUCCAUAUGGCAGCCAUAAGUACUGAUGUAUAAUUAUGCAGAGAGAACCUGUCACUGGGACAGAUCCAUCGACUCCCAUUAAGGAAGCUGUCCUAGUAACGGUAGCGCCACACUCUGGGGGAAAGCAAUCAAACAAUCCAUGAGGUAUACAAAGACGGUUUACAUACAGAGUACAUGUACCAGUUUACUGUUACUGGUGACUCUGAUGUGCUCUCUAUGGUGACAGAUUUUUUGCCAUCGAUUUGAACACCCAAAUCACAUUUUAGUAGCCACAUUACAUAGCCGUACAUUAUAUUGUGUUAUACAGCAGUCAUUACAAUAAGCCGGUUAUAAAUUUUUCUGUGAAACAAUUGUUUUAACUUUCGGUAAUAGUUUACAGAUAUAGAUUUAUAGCGCACAAUUGUUUGAAUACAUUACAAACGUUGCUAAUAUGACAAAUUAUCAAAGCCAUUAGGUUCUUGUGAAGGAUGAACCUAACCCUGCAAGAGAUGAUCACUUGAUAUUACGGUAUACUCGGUGUGAAUGGCUCCAUGGUCUACAGGAAGAGCUUGUUGUAUGCAAAGCAGCACAUCUCUUGUUGGGCUGAGAUGGAUAAGCCAAGUGGCUCCUCGCCGUGUGUGUGAUUCCCUGUCAUGGACACUGCUCGUAUCUCAGGAGUGCACAGCAUUAUACUGAUUUAUAAUGCUGUAUGUCUCUGCAUGACCUUACAGAAUUAUACAGACAGUGUUAUGUCAGUAUAAUUCAGCAGAUACAGGUCAUGCAGAGACGCACGGCAUUAUAAAUCAGUAUAAUGCUGUGCGCUCCUGAGAAAUGAGCAGUGUCCAUGACGGGAAUCACGCUCACACACAGCGCCAUUCCCACACAGGACACGCUCGUCCGAAACAGGGCUUUGUGCUAUUACGCCUAUGAGUACCUUGAGGGGUUCCUAUUUCCUCAGAAAGAUUUAAAGGGGUUGUCCAAAAGCAAGAAAAACAGGGCUGAAUUCUUCAAAAAAAAACAGUACCACCUAUGUCUGUGUUGUGUCUGGUAUUGCAGCUCAGUUCCAUUGGAGACAAUAGGACAGAGCUGCAAUACUGAACAUGACCUGUGGACAGGGGUGGUGUUUCUUGAAGACAGCAGCCCCAUUUUUCUAAUCCUGGACAACCCCUUUAAAGAAGAACCCCUAGAUUCACCAUUUUGAGGCUCCAGAUCCUCAGCAUAUCUGUGGCAGUUACCUGAUCUCAUACUAGUGGUUUAGUUGUUUGUAAUUAAGUUAAUCAUUCUGCCUUUGGUGUAAUGGAGUAUGCUAACCAUUCACUGAACUUGUGGUGGGCUCACAGACCAUUAAGGACUAGGUCAUAGUACUUUACCACUCUUUGUAUUAAAACUUACAACUCGCUGACAUCCAGGUUAAAUACCACCUGUCUUCCCCAAUGAUGUAUAGAUGGUGCUCAAUGAGCGCCAUGCAUGCAGUGUGAGAAGUAGCCAUGACACUCCUCUGGUCUCGGUGAUCAUCAGGUACUGCAAGAGGUGCUAGGUCUUAGCAGACCCAGUAUUUUUCCUGUCAGGCUAGUUUCACACAAGUGUAUUUGGUUCGUGAAACAUCAUUCCUGGACUGAAUUCUUAGCAUCAUAAUGACUUUAUGAUGCUGUGAGUUCCUGUCUGUCAUGUGCUCACAUUAUUGAUGAGUACAAUACAUUAGACCUUCAGUCAGGCAGGAAGUCACUGCAUUAUGAUGCUGUGAGAUCUGGUCAGAGAACCGGCUUUUGGUUUGGGAAAUGUGGCCAUCAUACAGAGCAUAUUUCCUGUAACACAUUUGUGUUGAAAAAAAAAAAAGCAAAACUAAAACCUCAUUCAUAUUUCCGUGUCCGUUUGAUGCCCCAUGGAAAAAAAAAAAUCCAUCUGGUUUUCAUCCAUGAAUAUGUCCGUAAAGGAUAAGUGUUUGGUCUGUGUGUUUUUGGCCUCUGUGUGGCUGAAAAUUAACUUCUAGGGCACUUCAAUGGGUGUUUGAUCCACAUAACGGACCAAAGUAGUGUGUGCAUAUGUCAGAUUUUUUUUUUCAGUGACCCCCCAUGGCCAGUGGAAAAUCACUGAUGUGUAAACAGACACAUUAAAAUCAAUAGGUAAAUGUGCGGUCUGUGGAAAAUGCGGAUGAGGCCUAACUGGGACUAAUGUCAGCCCAUUACAGGGGAAAUCAGCAGUUAAAGGUGUAUUCUGAUUUCCUGGGGUCCAUCCACCACCAAGCGCUGCUCCCAUACAAGUGAAUGUGAGCGCACCGCACACAUGCGGCCCCUGCUCCCAUUCAUUUCUAUGGGGCAGACGGAGAUAGCCAAACAAGCGCUCGGCUAUUUUCGGUGGCCCGAUUGAAAUGAAUGGAGGGUUGCUGCACAUGCGCCCUCCAUUCUCGUUGUAGGUGCGGGUCCCGGAGGUGGGACCUGCCCCCAUUGUAUAUGAUGGGAAACCCCCUUUAAAAUACAUAGACACCCCCUCCCCUGUGACCAUAUAUCUCCUGUAUGAAAAUGACCAUAAUGGAAAGGAGGACAAAAUCCUCCUUUGUGCUGUUAAUAAUAUUUACAAAUGUGAAAAAAUAGACGCACAAAAAAAAAAUCCCAGGUAUAAAAAAAAUACUUAAUUAACUAAACUAAAACUAAACUUUUGAAAGCACGUGUACAAAAAAAUAAGUAAAAAUUCUGAGAAAUUGCCCUGAUCUUGAAUUGGUUAAACACAAGGCAGGGACCUACCUGUUUAGUCAACAUUCUCUGGCUACAGUAGUAGUUUUUGUUUUUCCCCUUUGUAUAUACUUCCCUUUUGCGAAGUGGCAUAGGUGUCCCCCUAUGUGUGAGCCAGAUGGGAUACUGGUCUCCACAGCAUUUGUACUCUUAAAGGCGUUGUCCGGGUUCAGAGUUGAACCCAAAUAUCCCCAUUUUCACCCAGGCAUGCUCCAGUGCAGGCAAAGCCUUUUUUUUUUUUUUUUGGGGGGGAGAUCUGGUGACGUACCGGGCUCUCCAUAGGUAAGCUAGGCAGAAGUGUGUGCCUAGCAGUGAGCCCAGUGACUAAUGGGUGGGCUUUAGUGCUGCACUAGCCUGUAAAACAGCUAGGGCCAUGCUAAAGCCCGCCCAUCAGUGCUGGUGAUGGCACUGGCAACACUGCUAAGCGGAAGGCUCCGCCUAGCAGUGUAAAAAGUAUAAACAAAAAGCCAUUGUCCUGCGCGAUACAGCUCAGGGCAAGGGAGAACAUCAUCAUAUCGGGGUGGCUGCCUGGGUGAAAAUGGCGAUAUGUCCGGGUUCAGCUCUGAAUGACAGUGGUAAUUGCAUGGAGCACCCACUCUGAAAUGAGCCACCUCUAAUCCUAUCAAGUAGGUCCUGAAGUUUAGGCUCAAGGCUCCUACACCUUUCACCAUGUCCUGACCACCUCAUCAGGGAGACAGCAUAAGUUACAAAGUUUCAGGAUUGUGUGCACUAUAAGGGCAAAAAAAAAAAAAUUUGUUUUUUUUGUCCACAUCAGAUGUGGACCGAUUCACUUCAAUGGGGCCACAAAAGAUGCGGACAGCCUGUGCUGUACACAUUGGUAUGGCUGUGUGCAUGAGCCCUAAGGCAUAUUUCACACAGAAUUUAAGCAUUCCCCCCAAAAAGCUCAAAUCUUGCAGUCAUGUUUGCUGAAUGUAUAUAGGAACAAAUUAAUAUUUCUGCACCCAGCAUUUUGGUUUGUGGUGGAGGAUGUGAUGUUUUUUUAGUCAAAGCAGCCAACACUAGAAGAUAAAUGGCAAAUAACUUACCUGGAGGUGUGAGACCACAACUACAUUUCUUUGCAGUUAAUGUUUUAGUUAUUCCGUUCUGUCAGCCGAACAGAAAAUAACUGAUCCAGUCUAGUCCUCAUUUCUUUGAAUGGGUCAUUUUGAGCAUCAGUUGUGCCCUGUCAGUGCAAGUUCUGCCAGGUUUCAGUUAUUGAUUUCCUCCAAAAAUAAUACAAAUUUUAUAUAUUUUUUUUAAACAUUCAAGCCAAUGAAUGACAUACAGACAUGGAAGGUGUUCCUGUUUGUAUACAUUGUUCAAUCUAAUGAACAGAUUUGUUUAUAUUUUUUCUGUUACUCUGGUGGAACAAAGUAAUGGAAUGCAUAUGUGAACUUGGCCUUAAAGGGGUUAUCCAACCCCUGUAAUGACUGUCCGCUCAUGUAGGUUAUACUUGCCCCACUCUCUGGCCGUCACAUCUCCCUACAAAGGGAAUUUGUCACUGUGAUCUUAGACUUUUAAUACAUGAGUAGUACUGUAGAUAAGCACUCCAGAUUGUUAUUCUUUGUCUACUGCUCCCCUUGGUUAGCUGUCAAAGCUACACUGAAAUAUACUGUCAGGACUGCUGUGCAUACGCCCAGGAGUCCUUUACUGUACAUAUUGUGCAUACGCCCAGGAGUCCUCUACACAGCUUUGAGCGCUGACAGUGAGGGGACAGUAGAACAAUAAAGUGAUCUGGACUCCUUAUCUGUAGUACUAGUCUUGUAUUACUGUAUAGCUGAUAAUCCAGAAUCAUGCUGACAGAUUCCCUUUAAUAAGCUGAAAUAAUAAGGCCCAGUUCACACAACGGAGUUUUGGUCAUUGAUUUCCAUGAGUGACUGAGAGCCAAAAACAAAACCUUCUCAGUGUAGGCUCCACUCUUGGUUUGAACUAGGCCUGAGUUUCUGUUUGUUACCAAGGGCUUAUGACUAUCUUUAUACUUGAGAAGUAUACUCUAAUGCCAGAGACUGAAAUGGAGACCAUUCUUCUGGAAUUCAUUCACGGUUUUGCCAUAUGAAUAUACUAGGACAGGGAUGCUCAACCUGCGGCCCUCCAGCUGUUGUAAAACUACAACUCCCACGAUGCCCUGCUGUAGGCUGUCAGGGAAUGAUGGGAGUUGUAGUUUUGCAACAGCUGGAGGGCCGCAGGUUUAGCAUGCCUGGGCUAGGAGAUAAGCACUUGCAGUCCUCCUGGAAUAGAGAACAUUGCCCAUGCUUGUCCUUUGACAUUUCUAAUAUAACUGCUCUUCUGAACAUUCCAGAUGUAGACUGGUAAUAAAACACAUGGCUCAUCGCUAGGGACAUGGGAUCUAGGUACGAUGACAAACGUCAGCUAUUCAUUUAUUUUCUGCAGUCCCACCUCCUUUCAGUCCAUGAGGGAAACAUACAGGAUUCUAUCUGAAUGACUAGUAGGCGAAACAAUUCCAUAGAUAUCAAGAUUUUGACUGUUUCCUUUAUUUGGACAAGUCUCUUAUGCCCCGCUGUUGCAUUUCUCUCUCCUAUGUACUAAACACACAACUCCUAAAAUGCAUGCAGUCUGGAUAUCAUGUGCCAUUUCCAACAGCAGCACGUGAUUUUCAGUUUAAUUUAUUAAAUGCAAAUAUAAUACCACUGAACAGUUACCAGAACAUUUCAUGUAAAAUACUACGUCACUGAUAAGGGUGUACUAUAUGCAGUUUUCUGUACAGGCUGAUGGAAGUCUGCAGAGUUCGGUUGAUAACGGGAUUCUUUUCUAUAACCCUAUGUAACAAGCUACAGAUGUGUCCUGUAUUGAAAAGUGUUGACAAUUAAAAAGCUGCUGAAGAGUCAA